AUGGAGGCCGUGUACAACUCCCGCACCGAGCCCGGGUCGCGGAGGGGAAAUCCCAAACCCCUCUCGCAAGAAAGAGUCUUUAUAGCUAAACUAAUCCCCUCUGGCCCUGCCUCUUCCUCCUCAUCACUUCGCCUGCUGCCCACCCAGCGACCCGGAGAGAGACGCCGAAACCUAGCGACGCCGCCGACGACCCCCCCGGAUCCGCCGGCCAUGGCGACCCCCAACCCGCCGCCGCCCCAGCAGGACGAGCCCUCCUCCUCCGCCGAUCCCAAGGCGAAGAAGGACUACUCGACAGCGAUCCUGGAGCGGAAGAAGUCCCCCAACCGCCUCGUGGUCGACGAGGCCACCAAUGACGACAACUCCGUCGUCGCCCUCCACCCCGACACCAUGGAGAGGCUCCAGCUCUUCCGCGGCGACACCGUCCUCCUCAAGGGAAAAAAGAGGAAGGACACCAUCUGCAUUGUUCUUGCUGAUGACACAUGUGAUGAGCCGAAGAUCAGAAUGAACAAAACUGUCAGGAAGAACUUGAGAGUGAGACUUGGUGACGUGGUGUCUGUUCACCAAUGCCCGGAUGUGAAAUACGGGAAGCGGGUGCACAUACUUCCUAUUGAUGACACAGUUGAAGGGAUUACAGGAAACUUGUUUGACGCCUUCUUGAAACCAUACUUCCUUGAAGCUUACCGUCCUUUGAGAAAGGGAGACCUUUUCCUUGUGAGGGGUGGAAUGAGAAGUGUGGAGUUCAAAGUUAUAGAGACUGACCCGGCAGAGUAUUGCAUUGUUGCACCAGACACUGAGAUCUUCUGCGAUGGUGAACCUGUUAAGAGGGAGGACGAGGAGAGGCUUGACGAUGUUGGCUACGAUGAUGUUGGUGGAGUCAGGAAGCAAAUGGCCCAGAUCAGAGAACUGGUUGAACUCCCACUGCGUCACCCUCAACUUUUCAAGUCUAUCGGUGUUAAGCCUCCAAAGGGCAUAUUGCUGUUUGGACCACCUGGCUCCGGCAAGACCCUUAUUGCCAGGGCUGUUGCCAAUGAGACGGGUGCAUUCUUCUUUCUGAUCAAUGGCCCAGAAAUUAUGUCCAAGUUAGCAGGAGAAAGUGAGAGCAAUCUCAGGAAGGCAUUUGAAGAAGCAGAGAAGAAUGCACCAUCAAUCAUCUUCAUUGAUGAGAUUGAUUCAAUAGCCCCAAAGAGAGAGAAGACCAAUGGAGAAGUUGAAAGGCGUAUUGUGUCUCAGCUGUUGACCCUUAUGGAUGGGCUUAAGUCCCGUGCGCAUGUUAUUGUUAUGGGUGCUACAAACCGCCCAAACAGUAUUGAUCCUGCUCUCAGAAGAUUUGGUAGGUUUGAUCGUGAGAUUGACAUUGGAGUCCCUGAUGAAGUUGGCCGUCUUGAAGUUCUCAGGAUUCACACCAAAAACAUGAAGUUAGCUGAAGAUGUUGAACUGGAACACAUUUCACGGGACACCCAUGGGUAUGUUGGUGCUGAUCUUGCUGCUCUUUGUACUGAGGCUGCUCUUCAGUGCAUUCGUGAGAAGAUGGAUAUUAUAGAUCUUGAGGAUGAGACCAUAGAUGCUGAGAUACUGAAUUCUAUGGCUGUGACAAACGACCAUUUCAAGACUGCACUAACGACAAGCAACCCAUCUGCUCUCCGUGAAACUGUUGUUGAAGUUCCCAAUGUCUCUUGGGAAGAUAUUGGUGGUCUGGAGAAUGUCAAGCGGGAAUUGCAGGAGACUGUCCAAUACCCUGUGGAGCAUCCAGAGAAAUUCGAGAAGUUUGGCAUGUCUCCUUCCAAAGGUGUUCUGUUCUAUGGUCCUCCUGGCUGUGGUAAAACCUUGUUGGCCAAGGCAAUUGCAAAUGAGUGCCAGGCUAACUUCAUCAGUAUCAAGGGACCUGAGCUGCUGACCAUGUGGUUUGGUGAGAGCGAGGCUAAUGUGCGUGAGAUCUUUGACAAGGCUAGAGGGUCAGCACCAUGUGUCCUCUUCUUUGAUGAGCUUGACUCUAUUGCCACCCAGAGAGGAAGCAGCGUCGGCGAUGCUGGAGGUGCAGCUGAUAGAGUGCUGAACCAACUGCUGACUGAGAUGGAUGGCAUGAACGCCAAGAAAACUGUCUUCAUCAUUGGUGCUACCAACAGGCCAGACAUCAUCGACCCUGCCCUGCUUAGGCCAGGGCGUCUUGAUCAGCUUAUCUACAUCCCUCUUCCUGAUGUCGAGUCGAGGCACCAGAUCUUCAAAGCUUGCCUCAGGAAGUCUCCUCUGGCCAAGGAUAUUGAUCUGAGUGCUCUGGCCAAGUACACCCAAGGGUUCAGCGGUGCUGAUAUCACGGAAAUUUGCCAGCGUGCUUGCAAAUACGCCAUCAGGGAGAACAUCGAGAAGGACAUCGAGAGGGAGAGGAGGAGGAAGGACAACCCUGAAGCCAUGGAGGAGGAUGAGGUGGAUGAGGUCGCUGAGAUCAGGGCUGCUCACUUCGAGGAGUCGAUGAAGUAUGCACGCAGGAGUGUGAGCGAUGCCGACAUCCGCAAGUACCAGGCCUUUGCCCAGACUCUGCAGCAGUCUCGUGGUUUCGGCAGCGAGUUCCGGUUCCCUGAUCAGCCGGCCGCGGGCGCCGCCUCUUCUGCUGCCGCCGACCCUUUUGCAUCCGCUGCCGCAGCAGCUGAAGAUGACGACUUAUAUAGCUAA